AUGAUAAACAUAAAAAAGGAACAGAACGUAAUAAGACGGUGCCUGGUGGGCGUGCGCUCCGGUGCGCAACCCACCACGCCCGUUCGGGCCGGCACGACAGCGGAACCAGCGACGCUGGGACCGCUGGCUGGCCGGGCUCAACAGUGGCGGGCAUGUGGUGCGUCGGAUUGGGUUAUAAAAACUGUAACCGCCGGCUACAGGCUCCAAUUUGCGUCCACUCCUCCCCGUUUCAACGGGAUACUGCAGUCGCAGGCCCGUGGAGAGAAAGCUCAGGUUCUACAGGAGGAAAUCACCUCUCUAAGAAACAAAAGGGCAAUUCGGGUAGUGCCACCGGAGAAAAACCAAAGCGGUUUUUACUCGAGGUACUUUCUAGUCCCGAAGAAGGGAGGGGGCCUCCGGCCGAUAUUAGAUUUACGCGCUCUGAACAGAUACAUGAGACAGUACAGUUUCAGGAUGCUGACACACGCCGCUCUCAUACGCUUCGUGCGCCCGGGAGGCUGGUUCACAAGCAUAAAUCUGAGGGACGCUUAUUUCCAUAUCGCCAUUUAUCCCCCUCACAGGAAAUAUCUCAGGUGCGCCUUCCAGGGCGUAACGUACGAGUAUUUGGUUCUCCCGUUCGGCCUUUCGUUAAGUCCACGGGUGUUUGUGAAAUGCACGGAGGCUGCCAUCGCGCCCCUCAGGUUGAAGGGAAUGCGUUUGGCAACAUACAUAGACGACUGGCUUCUAGCCACACAGUCGCCCCAGGAGGCUCAGGCGCAGACCAGCGUGCUCAUAUCGCACCUAGUGUCCCUGGGUUUCACAAUAAACGUGAAAAAGAGUGUUUUGGUCCCUACUCAAAGCAUAACGUUCAUAGGCUUGUGCCUCGAUUCAGUGACGUUCAAAGCACGUCUAUCCGCGGAGAGAGUGGAAGCCUUUCAGGCUUGUCUGGCACUUUUUCGCAGGGGGACGAUGUUGAAGUUCAGAACGUGCCUCAGACUAUUGGGUCUGAUGGCGUCGGCGUUGGUAGUAGUCCCACUUGGCCGCCUCCAUAUGAGGCCGGUUCAGCGAUGGGUUGCAUCACUCAGACUGAACCCGACGUGCCAUGGCCAUCGCCGGGUUUUGAUCUCCAUGGCGUGCGUCUCGGCGCUGCGCCCUUGGGGACGCGCGUACUUUCUGACUACAGGCGUUACCAUGGGAACUGUCCUGGCGAGGAAGGUCCUUUCGACGGAUGCCUCUCGGGCGGGCUGGGGAGCCGUAUACGAGGGCAGAUCAGUAAAUGGCACGUGGAGCUCACAUAUGCAGUUUGUUCACAUAAACUGCCUGGAACUUCAGGCGGUGUCACUGGCGCUGAAACAUUUUCAACAGGGGCAACAUGUUCUAGUCAGGACGGACAACACCACGGUGGUGGCGUAUAUAAACCGUCAGGGGGGGCUGCGCUCCCCUCAAAUGCACACGUUGGCACACAGACUGACCAUUUGGGGAAACGCCCACCUGUUGUCGCUGAGAGCAACACACGUGCCGGGCGCGCGGGACUGGGGAGCAGAUUUAAUGUCCAGGGGUGACCCUCGCUACAAGGACUGGAAACUCCACGUCGUGGUCGUGAACCAGAUAUGGGAGAAAUACGGUCGAGCAGAGGUCGAUCUCUUUGCAUCAGAGGAGAACACUCAGUGCCCUCUGUUCUAUUCCCUAACCGGUCGGAGCGCCCCAAUGGGGCUGGAUGCUUUGGCAUACGAGUGGCCGCGCGUCCUCCUGUACGCUUUCCCCCCAUUAGAACUGAUCAUUCCUACUCUCGCCAGGGUGCGAGAGAAGGGUCAUGCGCUGAUCCUUAUAGCCCCCCGUUGGCCGGGGAAAUAUUGGUUGGCGGAAAUAGUCCAGUUGCUGUGCGGCCAGCCUUGGCCCCUGCCUUUACGAAGGGACCUCCUGACGCAAGCGCAUGGGGAAAUCUUCCAUCCUCAUCCGGAGCGCAUGGCUCUAUGGGCCUGGCCCGUGAAAGGAUGAACCUAACGACGGCUGGACUCCCAUUGAAUGUCAUUACGACUAUCCAGGGCGCCAGGGCUUCCUCCACGCGUAGCGCAUAUGAAGGGAAAUGGCGUGCGUUCGAGGAUUGGUGCGCGAAAGCUGGGGAAAUAGCUUUCCAGAGUCCCGUGCCUGUUAUUCUGACAUUUCUACAGGAUUUGCUGGAUAAAGGCCGGGCUUUCUCCACUGUCAAAGUGUACUUGGCCGCUAUAUCGGUUUGUCACAUAGGUUUU